CCAAGCGGAAAUGAGAUGGCAGGGGGAGGAAAUGGAAAUAGUAUUGCAUCAGUUGUUUAUACAAUCAGUAACGCGAAUGGGUUACUGGCUCUGCCAAAGUGUAGGUGCAUGUGGAUACAGGUGUACCUGGAUGUGGACACGUCAGUACAAUUAGCUGGGCAAUGGAAUCAAUUUCUACCGAGGUCAAUUAGAUCAAACACACGCGCACCUGGCAUCAGGUGUCUGGCUAUUAAUGAGCAAAUAUAUGAUUCCCUCCAUUUUGGAGAACCUGUUGUGAAGCACUGGACUCCGGCCGACCGGAUAAAAAGAGGACCGCCCAGUGAUGCAGAGACAGGAUUCAACGAGAGCUGCGCAUCGACUCGGCACGGACAGCCUUUUUCUCUCCGCAAUCCAGUCCAGCAGUUGACGAAUAGGAUGAUGUCGAAGAAAUCGGGUGCGAGGGUUAUGCUGGCCUUGGUUUGGUCGUGUUGCUGGAUGAUCCAAGUCAUCACGGGGACUCCAGUCGGGACACCCGAGGAAAUGGAUCGAGCUUUCGGAGCCCCUUUAACCGCGGCAGAACUUGCAUGCGUUCCAACAUUUGGCAAAGCAGCACCCGAAGACUUCCCCAUGUCGGAGGGAAAUGACAUCGUCAUGUUUCCCAAUAAGAACGCUUACGUCAAUCAAAAAUGGCCCAAAGCAAAUGCAAUUCCAUACGUCAUCGACUCGGCAUUUGAUGCCAAGGCGCGAUGCGCCAUCGGUUAUGCCAUGACGCAGUAUCACAAGAAUACCUGCAUCCGCUUUGUCCCGCGAACAAAGCAAACGGACUACAUCAAAAUCAACAAACUCGAUACCACAGCUUUCAGUUGCUAUUCAUCGGGACUCGGUUUCUACAAAGGUGGAGGAGCACAUGAUGUCACUUUGUCGCCCAGCUGUUACAAGUAUCAAGCAGGCACCAUCAUGCACGAAUUGAUGCAUCGUGUCGGGUUCCAUCACGAGCACACUCGACCCGAUCGUGACAAAUACGUCGAGAUUCUUUGGGAUAAAAUCGAAGCAGGAUGGAAGGCGCAGUACGCCAUUGCGCAAGGAUCCAGCCUCCUCCUCACUUACGACUAUGGUUCCGUGAUGCACUAUGGGCUGGGUCAGGAAAUGAAGGCUAAAUUAAGCACGAAUGGGGCUGUAAUUGGACAGCGAAAAGGUUUGAGUAAGUUGGAUAUCAACAAACUCAAAAAGAUGUACUGUCCAUCGGCGGGAAAGCGCUAAGUUCUGAAACACAAUGUGUGUAUCCAGUUCCACUAUUACUGCAACGAUAUUGCCCGUUAUUCUUGUACAACACAGAACUGUGGCAUUUAUUUUGAACACUUUUUUGAAUAUUUAGGUGGCGGAUAUUUUCUUUUUGUUCCUAAAUUCACGUAUAAUUAAUAUACUUGAACAACAAG